CCAGGGCGCCAUGUUGAAUGCAAGGACAGCAGAUAACCAUCCUAAUUGUUUGUUUUUCAGACUUUCUCUCACAUUUACAGACACACCUGAACGGUGACCUGACGAACAGCUCCGGGCCCUUUUAAACUUUAGUUUCCUCUCGUGAGAUCAGCCGUUAGUCUCGCGGGCCUUCAUGGAGCACAUCGACACGGCGGCGACCAAAACUUUUUGCUCUCAGACGGAGCUGAUCAUGGAGGUGGCGGUGGAGUCUGCCGUCUCUGUCCUCCAACACAGACUGGGACAGGAGGGGGCAGACAGCGACGAGAGGCGGACUCAGCUGACGGCCGUCCUGGAUGUGACCACCAGAGAGGCUGUACGUAAAAUCUGCAGGGUGUUCAGAGAGCUGUAUGCGAGCUUAGUGAAGGAAAACCAUGUUCUGAAGGACAAAGUGGGACAUCUGGAGUCCAAACUGAGGUCCAAGGUCCAGAGAAACUGUGGAGCCAAUAAGAGCGGGACACAGACGGUUUAUAGGAUCAAACCAUCAGAUGGACCCGCCCUUUCGCUGGACAUCAACCAACCAGCUGCCAACCCGGCUGCUCUAGCCAUGGCCAUCCUCAACUCUGCCAAAUCCAGAGGCAGAGCCAGCAACGACCCUCAAGUCCCUCUGGUCAUCAUCAGCCAGCCGCUCCCGGGACCGGUCGCGGGCCAGAGCGGGCCCCCCCCGCAGGUACGGGCAGAGAGAUCGGACGAAAGCGCGGCUAACGCCGCCGCCGCUCCGCCGGCCGCUGAGAGUCACGCCGACCUUCAGCCCGAGGUGGUCGUCGAAAUGAUCCAGAUAUCCAUAGAUCCUAAUGAGUCACCGGGAGAUGGAGCGCGAUCCUCUGCGUGCGUGACAUCACAUCCUGUGGCUAAUGAUCGGCCAACCAGUGAGCCCACAGCUAGUCGAGACCCGCCCACACCUGAAAGGGAACCAGCUGCUGUUGUUGAAACAGGGAUAAAGAUGGAAAGUGUUGAACACAGCAUCGAGGAGCGGCGUCAGCCAGGUGAGACAGCUCUGAGCGAGGAAGAGCAGAAGGAGCUGGAGAAGAAGAGGAGGAGGGAGUUGUACAAAGAGAAGAGGUUCUUCUGCGAGCUGUGUAACAAAGGUUUCCAUCAGAAGCACCAGCUGAGGAAGCACGUGUCCUGCCACCUCAAACCUUUCCCCUGCAGCUCCUGCGAUAAAGGUUUCUACAAGGCCAGCACGCUGCAGAAACACCAGCUGAGCCACCGGCUGAGGGAGGCUCAGGAGAACGACCCCGACAAGCUGCUGCGCUGCGACCGAUGCGACAGGAAGUUCAGACUGCCGCGGCAGCUCCGGGUCCACCAGGCGGCUCACCGGUUGGAGGAAACGCCGCUGAAGUGCGGCGUCUGCGAUCGCGCCUUCACCUCGGCCGGCGCGCUCAGAUACCACGAGGUGUCGCACGCCGCGGUCAAGCCCUUCAUGUGCGACGUCUGCGGGAAAGGCUUCACCAGGAAGAAGAGCCUCCGCGAGCACCAGACCGUCCACACCGGCGCACGGCCGUACCCCUGCCCGACCUGCGGGAAGAGCUUCUCCACCGCCAGCAACCUGCGCGUCCACAAGAGGUCGCACUCCGACGAGCGUCCGCACAAGUGCCGCGAGUGCGACAAGGCUUUCAAGUGUAAGAUGGGACUGCUGCAGCACCGAGUGGUCCACUCCGGAGAGAAACCCUUCAUGUGUCAGACCUGCGGGCUGAGCUUCGGCCUCAAGUACAACUUCCAGAGACACGUGCGCCUCCACAACGGAGAGAAACCGUUCAGGUGUGAUCAGUGUGGAGAGGGCUUCACAGGUACGUGGGCUCUGAAGACCCACAUGCUGGUUCACGGUGUGGAGAAGCCGUUCAUGUGCGACCUCUGCGGAAAGACGUUUUUCUACAACUGUCAGCUGCAGAAGCACCAGCAGCUCGUCCACAACAACAAGGACCGAGAGAAGGCGGCGGGGGCGCCGGGGAGACGGCGGCCGAGCGGACUGAAACCCUUCGCCUGUAAGAUCUGCCUCAAGAGCUUCAGCAGUAACACCACGCUGAGGACGCACGAGAAGAGCCACGCCGAGAACAAGGAGUUCACCUGCGCCACCUGCGGGAAGUCCUUCCACCUUCGACACAUGUACCUGUACCACAUGAGGCAGCACAGCGGCGACCGGCCGUACGUCUGCGGCGUCUGCGAGAAAGGUUUCCUGCUCAUGUCGCAACUGAAGCAGCACGAGCUCCUGCACACCGGAGUCAAACCUCACAAGUGCGAUCAGUGCGGCAAAGAGUUCAGGACGCCGCAGAACUACCACCGCCACCUGCUGGUCCACACCGGAGAGAAACCCUACGAGUGCACCGUGUGCCGCAGGAAGUUCAGGCAGUCCAACCAGCUCAAGUCUCACAUGCAGAUCCACACCGGGGUGAAGCUGUACACCUGCGAGCGCUGCGGCCGCGGCUUCUCCGACUCCCGGCAGCUCAAGAAACACAGCUGCGGAGACGAGCUCCAGAGCUUCGAGUCCGGCAGCAAACGCAGGAAACAGAAAAACGUUUUCCCGUGGACUGAAGGCCUGACACACCAGUGACGCGCCAGAACGGAGCAUCGUGGGAAAUCCUCUUUUUCUCUGUUCAGACAGUAUCAGGCACACGUCUGUAGUUCAGCACAGAGUCGGUGGUUAGCUUAGCUUAACAUGACUAGAAACAGGGGAAACGGCGAGCCCGGCUCCGCCCAAAGUCCAAAAACACACCAACCGACAGAGCACGUAUAUGUAGCGAUGAAAACAUUUAGAUCUGUUUGUUUCAUUCACACGCAAACUGAAACGAAGAAUCCGGAACUAGUUCUUGGUCAAUAAGGAGUGUAUCCAUCCGCCAUGAGGUCAGUAUCCAUCCUCUCGUCUCGCUCCUGUAAAACACAAUAAUCCCAAAAUGUUGUUUUAUUCAUUUAAAGAAUUUCUUUAAAGUCUGUGAAAAGCAGAAUCAGUAUUUCAGCUGGAAAACAGAAUAAAAAACAGCGUUUGUGUGUUUUAGGACUGGCUGCAGCAGCUCUUUGGUGUUUUCUGGCCGUUGUUUUGUGCUCUGUGUAAGUGGGAGGAUGUUCUGAACUGUUUCCUUGAACAGAAGAUAAAGUCAGUCGGUUCAGACUGAUCGGCUCCUUUUGAAAAAUCUGUUUCUCCCACUUUGUCUGUUAGAACAUGUUUUAGUUCAGCUCUGUUUGGUUUUCUGUCAUUAAAGGGCUGCUUCACUCAGACGAACCUUUGAUUCAGUAGUUUGUCCACAGAAAGUCCACAGAGCUGGAAAGUGGUCAGAGGUUAGAGGCAGACUGAAAGGCUGAGUACUGCUGAGUACUGCUGAGUACUGCUGAGUACUGCUGAGUACUGCUGACGACAGGCUGCUGCUUCAUCGUUACCACGUUAAUAACACGAAGUCGAUCAACAUUUCACUGAAGAGGAAUGUGGACAUUUCCUCAAGAUUUACCUCCUAAUAUUUCUGUUUUCUCAGCAGUUUCAGCUCCAGUCACAAUGUUUUCAUGUUCUCCAGCUGAGAGUGGCUCCUCCUCAUCUGAGGAAGAGUGUGAAUUAAAAAAAAA